AAGUGAGAGAAAGAUAUGCUAAAUAAAGACUGAUUGGUCUGAAUCAUGAAAGGGUCUCCCACUUGUUAAUGAUCCAGGGAAGAAAAAAAAAUUCAUGAUGACUUCACUGGGCCUCUUUUUAUUUCUUCCAUUUUUCUUUACACCUGUUCUCUACGUUGAAUGGAGCAUCACUACCUAGAGCAAAAAAUAUGCUGUGCCUCUAAUAAUGACACUGCUGCCUGGGAUUCUUUAACAGCUUCAUGCUUGAGGCUCUUAAAGUUGAAAAAUUAACAGAAUAAUGCUUUGUUUAUUUGGAUUACUGAGGAACUGCAGCUCCAUCCCUGAAAGGAUCUUAUACUCUGCACCCCACUGAUUAAGCUAUUUAUCUACAAAGAUGGCAGUGUGCUGGGUAAAAGGGACCGGGACCCAUAUGUCAGUGGUCUAGGAUGGCCAGUGAAGGCUCCAACAUCCCAAGUCCUGUGGUGCGUCAGAUUGACAAACAGUUUCUGAUUUGCAGCAUAUGCCUGGAACGUUACAAGAACCCUAAAGUACUUCCCUGUCUGCAUACUUUCUGUGAGAGGUGUUUGCAGAAUUACAUUCCAGCCCAUAGUUUAACCCUUUCUUGCCCAGUGUGCCGUCAGACCUCCAUUCUGCCAGAGAAAGGGGUUUCUGCACUCCAGAACAAUUUCUUUAUCACCAACCUGAUGGAUGUCCUGCAGAGAACGCCAGACAACAGCAUUGAAGAGUCUUCCAUCUUGGAGACUGUCACAGCUGUUGCUGCAGGAAAACCACUCUCCUGCCCCAACCAUGAUGGAAAUGUGAUGGAAUUUUACUGCCAGUCUUGUGAGACAGCCAUGUGCCGGGAAUGUACAGAGGGAGAACAUGCAGAACAUCCCACUGUACCUCUCAAGGAUGUGGUAGAACAACACAAGGCUUCACUACAGGUUCAGCUGGAUGCUGUCAACAAGAGACUUCCAGAGAUAGAUUCUGCACUUCACUUCAUAUCUGAAAUCAUACGUCAGUUAGCCAACCAAAAGGCUAGCAUUGUAGAUGAUAUUCAUUCUACUUUUGAUGAACUUCAGAAAACUUUAAAUGUGCGCCAGAGUGUGUUGCUUAUGGAACUGGAAGUGAAUUAUGGCCUUAAACACAAAGUCCUCCAGACACAGCUGGAUACUCUGCUUGAAGGGCAAGAGAGUAUUAAGAGUUGCAGCAACUUCACAGCCCAAGCACUCAACCAUGGCACUGAAACAGAAGUUUUACUGGUUAAGAAGCAAAUGAGUGACAAGCUAAAUGAGUUGGCUGACCAGGACUUCCCACUGCAGCCCCGUGAAAAUGACCAGCUUGACUUCAUAGUGGAAACAGAUGGACUGAAGAAAUCCAUUCACAACCUGGGUACGAUUUUAACCACUAAUGCUGUAGCAUCCGAAACAGUUGCCACAGGAGAAGGACUGAAGCAAACUGUGAUUGGACAGCCUAUGUCUGUUACCAUAACAACCAAGGACAAAGAUGGAGAGCUCUGUAAAUCUGGGAAUGCUUACCUCACUGCUGAACUGAGCACACCUGAUGGGAGUGUGGCAGAUGGAGAAAUACUUGACAAUAAAAAUGGAACUUAUGAAUUUUUAUAUACUGUUCAGAAAGAAGGGGACUUUACUCUCUCUCUGAGACUUUAUGAUCAGCAUAUCAGGGGCAGUCCAUUUAAACUUAAAGUGAUCAGAUCAGCAGACGUGUCCCCUACUACUGAAGGAGUUAAGAGGCGUGUUAAGUCUCCUGGCAGUGGCCAUGUGAAGCAGAAAGCUGUGAAAAGACCAGCUAGUAUGUACAGCACUGGCAAAAGAAAAGAGAAUCCCAUUGAAGAUGACUUGAUCUUCAGAGUGGGUACCAAAGGAAGAAACAAAGGGGAAUUUACAAAUCUUCAGGGAGUAGCUGCAUCUACAAAUGGAAAAAUAUUAAUUGCAGACAGUAACAACCAGUGUGUACAGAUAUUUUCCAAUGAUGGCCAGUUCAAAAGUCGUUUUGGUAUACGUGGAAGGUCUCCUGGCCAGUUACAGAGGCCCACAGGAGUGGCUGUGCAUCCUAGUGGGGACAUCAUUAUUGCAGACUAUGAUAACAAAUGGGUUAGCAUAUUUUCAUCAGAUGGAAAAUUUAAGGCAAAAAUUGGGUCUGGAAAACUUAUGGGACCAAAAGGUGUUUCCGUGGAUCGUAAUGGGCACAUUAUUGUUGUGGACAACAAAGCAUGUUGUGUAUUUAUCUUCCAGCCAAAUGGCAAAAUAGUAACCAGGUUUGGUAGCCGAGGAAAUGGGGACAAGCAGUUUGCAGGUACACUUGAUGGUCCUCACUUUGCAGCUGUAAACAGUAAUAAUGAAAUUAUUGUUACAGAUUUCCAUAACCAUUCUGUUAAGGUAUAUAACCAGGAAGGAGAAUUCAUGCUGAAGUUUGGAUCUAAUGGAGAAGGCAAUGGACAGUUUAAUGCUCCAACAGGAGUAGCUGUAGAUUCUAAUGGAAAUAUUAUUGUAGCAGAUUGGGGAAACAGUCGAAUACAGGUUUUUGAUGGAAGUGGAUCAUUUUUAUCCUACAUUAAUACAUCUGCUGACCCGCUUUAUGGUCCCCAAGGUCUGGCGCUAACUUCAGAUGGCCAUGUUGUAGUUGCAGACUCUGGAAAUCACUGCUUCAAGGUCUAUCGAUACUUACAGUAACAGUGGGCUUUAGAUCUGCCUGGCCCUUAACAAACGACUGAUCCUAGAGAUCCUUAAUCAAUCUUUCUGUGCAGGAUGUGUACUUUUAUUUUUUAAUGCUGAAAGAGUCGCCAGUGGACUUUUCAUGUUUAUUUCCAAACUUACCUUGUUUACAUAGGACUUGCACCUCUUAUGUUCUUCACUGAAUUUAUUGUUGUAAGGAUAAAUAAAACCUUUUGCUGAAUUCAUCACGACAAUGAAAUAUUAAACAUGUGAACUGCAGCUUGUGGAACAGGAAUUUAAAUAAUUGACUAACUUUGCAAAUAAAAAUAAAAUGAAAAUAUCUAAAGUAUUUGACGGGGUUUAUUUAACCUGUGAAAAGAUAACGCCCGUUCAGAACUUCCAAAUUUAAAAGUAUCAUUGUUAUCCAUUAUUUAACUGGGAGUUUUUUUAACUGGUGAAGACUGGAAGUCUUUUUAAAAUCUUAUUAUCAUGGUAGGUACUGCACAUGUAACAUUCUUCAGUCUUAGUAACUAUAACAAAUAGGUUCUUUUAGUAAGAUACAAGGUUGUGCAAAAUCUUUCCAACUCUAUUUGCCAGGCUUAACACAGCUCAACUUUUAGUACUAUACAAAUCAGUGCAAAUUCUAUAUGCUUUGUGAGAUUAAUGAAGGAUUGUUUCAUGUGCUUGUUUCCAACCCCUCUUACUGCUCAGUGUGUAGUAAGGACUUUCUAGAGACCUGAAAUUCCUACUGCUGUGGGACAAACUAUACUGUAAUGAUACAUUAGUUACUGAUGAUUUUCUGUAGAAUGACGGACCCAUUAACAACAAACUAAGUCAUUAGAAUCAGGGUCAUGUUGGUCACUCUUCCAUACGUAUUCUUUGCCAUACUUUUUAAAGGCAAUUUGAUGUAUGAAUCAACAUAUCACACAGGACAGAAAGCCACACAGGUACCCCUUUGGAGGACCUACACUGUACAACCAAAGGAACUGUGGUUAACAAAUGUAUAGUGGAAAGCAAGGGUUAUGAAAGCUAUUUAAUGCAAGAAAAGAACAUUACAAAUAAUAAUGAAUUGAAGCAAUUUCUGAAGACCUUAGUCGAUGUGAUGUUAUUCUGAAGACAAAAUAAGGACUGCAGAGUAUGUGUGAAUGUGUAUAUGUUUGACAUGAGAAUAAAGAAAGUGUCUGUAAUUUGGGCAAGCCCUUUGAGUAUGGCUGUACUCUGAAAAGGAGUUUCCCUCUCCCUGACUUAAUCCCUGGUAUUCUUCUGAAAACCCAAUUUAAUUUAAAAUGCUUCAGCGGACUCACAAAAGUUGGCUCUGUUUUAAGUAUUUUCUCAUGCAUAAUGUAGAUCUGCCCAUUUUAGGAAGCACUAGCUUUAUUAGAAAUUGUAAAAACAAGAAUCAAAAGAUGCGUUGAUGCUGUUCAGGAAUACAGGGUCAUGCCCCCUCUCAACGUUGUGCAGAGAGGCUGUGGUCGGUAUGGUGCCAAUGCCUGAAAUAAUCUUGGAGCAGUAUUUUUUCUUUAUUUAGAAAUCUUAAUGUUUUAUUUUUUUAAAGAGGAAAAUGGAUGGGGAACCAUCUUCAGUAUGUCUUCAAAAUUUAGGUUGAUUUUUGUGAAAUUACUUGUAUCAGCUUGUUUCAGGUUAAAUCUGUUUCAGCUCUUUUUAAGAAACGUGCUUAACAUCAGUUUUCUGUAAUGAAGCAGAACUUGAAAUUCACGAGAAUGUAGUGCAGUCUAUUUUUUUAAAUUAAGUUAUAUUUCGGGGAGCAGGGGGACAGAGUUCCCCUACUCUUGCUUAUUUUUUUGCACAUACAGCCCAAUCUUGCAAACCCUUGCACACAAGAUUAGUCUCAUGAUUAAAGUAGGAGGACUGGCUUGUCUAAGGGCUACAGAGUUGGACUAUAAAAUGUAGCUGGAAAUUUGGUAAUAACACUUUCUAGUUUUUAAAAACCAAGGCAAGUAUUAGCAAGUGAGGAAGGUAUUUUGUGUUUGAACUUAGUUUGUCCGAAAAUUCUGCAGGGAGGAUAGAUGCCAUCCAGUAUAUCACUAUAAAUUAUCCUCUUACUCCCAAGUACAAUUGUAAUUUUUUUUGUUUUUUAGUAACUAUCCUUUUAAUCAAUACUCUGACACACACAAUCAGUCUGGAGCACUUGGAAACUAUUAAUAUAAUAAAAACAUUUCAAUUGCAUUUACUAACCAAGAAAAAAAUCCACACUUUUUUCUUUUUUUUAAAUUCAAGGGUAUGAAUAAAAUUAUAUAUAAUCUAUUGCGAUGGGUUAUUUUAAAGGACAGUAUCAAUUUGAUCCCAAAUUUAGAUUUUUGUAACAAAUAUUUUAAAGCUUAAGAUGAAUGGAGGUGUUUCUGUGGUGGGGGGAAGAGAAGAAGCAAAGAAAAGAAAUUAGUACAGGACAAAUCCUCCACUGACAAAAAUUCUUUGUCUCACAGAUAUCAAUCUCUAAAUGAUCUCUUGAAAAAUUUUGUAAAACACAUACUCAAGAUGAUACAUGUCAUGUAUGUGUACAUGUACAUUGUUUCUAUAAAAUUUUCAGAAAAUUUGCUUUUACAGUUUGUUUUUGAAACCUUAUUACCUAAAACACUUGGAUUAAAGAUCCCCAAACCACCUGUAAUAUCAUGGCAGAAAUUUGGUAAUAUUUUUGUGCUGGCAGAUUUUUCUCUUCCAAUUAAAUAACUGCCAAAAUUGCACUACUCAAUCUACUGAGUUAUUAGCUUAUAUUAAAGGUUCUAAGUCGAACACACCUCCUGUAUGCCAUGUUUACCCUUACUGUUCCACUGACUUCAGUGGCAUAUUAGGAGACUGGUCACACAGCAGGAGUGGUGGAGGUAUGAGUUCUGUUUAAACUAUGGAAGUAAUGUCAAAAGGUUUUCUGGGAGUUACGUUCUCUGCAGUAUUUUUGGACAAAUUAUCAGACUAUGUGUAUUAAAUUUUUGAAGUGGAAGAAAAGUGGCUGUUCAGUUAAAUUUUGAACACAUGUAAAUGCAUUUUUACAUAGUCUAAAGUUUCAGCAGUGUAACUGAAAAUAAAAAUGAAGAUGGCUUGAGGCAAAAUUGUCUGAUGCUGUUGGAGACUUAUUAAUUAGUAAAUGCUGGUAUGUCCUGUAAAAGUUACAGGGCUUUCAACUUUAUAAUUGUUAAUUUUUUUUAUAACUAAGGAUCUAGUGUUGCCAUAAUGAAAACUAUAAGUGCCGAAUAAGUUAUGAUGUUAUAAGGAAAUAAUUUUUGUUUAUGGAUGACAACAAGUCAGAACGUUCAUGAUGAAAUGUGAGCAGUGAUUGUUUGGUCUGUUUGUGGAAACUGUAUGAAAGAUAUUUGUAGUUAGAGUAGGAUAAUCCUAAAUUGGUUCUGAUGUUUCUGAUGAAUGUACAGCACUUCAGUUAAUGUUUGUGAGCAACACAGCCUUAACCCUGAUGCUUUUGCUUUAUGAUAUUGACAUGGGAAUGUUCCAUACUUUACAUAGCGUAUUGCAAUAUCCCUGUGCUAAAAAUCGGUAUCAUUAAUACAUUGUCCUUUCCAGUCCUAAAAGUAAAUAUACAUUUUUAAGUUUUGUACAUUCCAUUUUUGUAAGUCAAUUUCAUACGUUUUGUGUAUAGAACAUAUAGUCUUGCAUUCUCAAACUGAUACUGAAAUAUUCUAGUCAUUUGUUCUUUCUUUUUUUCCUUGGAGGACAAAAUACAAACUGCUUAAGAUUGAGGAUGAAAGAUGUGCAUCAAAAAGUGUUUGUAUGUGUGUAGUUUUAGCUUCAUGUGUGCCAUGCUAUUGUUGAUGCUUUAGCCUACAAUAAAAACUUUAAAUUUACUCCUUCUUGGAAACAUGGGGAAAAAAGUCAAAUGUUGUAUCCUUACCACGCACAAAAAUUUCAAAUAAUAAAGCUUGUUUCCUCAACUAU